CAAGAGAAAUGCCUGACCGGACUUCACCCUCCCAACAAGCCCACGAAGAGGCACUGUUGUUCUGCCCAUUUUACAGGUGGAGGGCUCUGAAAAACCUCCCGCGAGGGUUCAGAAGAAACCUCUGCAGGGCUCACAAACUCCUCGAGCCCCGCUUCUCCCCUCCUCAUCACGGCCUCGGGAUACGUGGCCCCGUUCAGCUUCUCCGUCUGGACCUCAGCGCGGUGCCCAGAGGAAGGGAUGGGCCGAAAGAGCACACGGGACUUGGGGCUGGACCCCCAGCUGUCUUCAGGAAAGCUGAGGCUGUCACCCUCCAGAGGAGACGGACCCUGCCUGGCAGAGUCCACCCAGCGUGUAGGGACUGUCCUGAGACCACCUCUCUGGUGGACAGUGACCCCCAUUUCGGUGCAGUGGAUACAGAAGGGACCAAAACUGGCGACAAUUCCUGCCUUCGUGGGUGGGACCGUACAUUCCAGCCAGACGGGAGAGAGAUCGGCACACAACUCCAAUUAGCAGGUGGCCUACUAGCAGUAGCCGGUGACCUUCUGCUCUCCACCUGUUUCCUCUCUGCCCCGCCCCUGCCUGACUCCACCGUGCGUAUGACUGCCUUGUUCGGCCACUGUGUCGCCGGCCAGGACCUGGAAGUCUGCCUGAAUCCUGGCAGGGACCGUGCAAUACGAGUGCAACGAGCAGGCGUUUGAGUGAAGGACUGAGCUCUGCCCCUACCCGCUGUCGCACACCACCAGUGCCAGGACCGCAGUGGGGAGACCAGCCCUGCCGACGCCCACCCACAGCAGAGCUUGGCGAUGCGGCAGAAUGAGAGAGUGGGGGGCCCUGGCCGCCCGCCGUCCCUGCCAGCCCGGGCG